UUUCAUACACCCCAUCGCAUUUAGCCUUUUCUCUCGUUAAAUUUCGUUCACGUGUACAUAUCGCUAUCCUUUUGUGGCAGAGGUGUAAUAAUUCUAGGCAGCCAUAACUUUCAAUUAGAAUUUGGGAGUAAUCAUUUUUUACAGUCGGCCUUGAAGUCAGAAACACAGCUGCUUCGCUUUUGCGUCUUGUGGUUUCUGUGGAAGCGCUCUUAAAUAUGACGAAGUCCAUCUUUUUGCUGUACAGAAACGUCGUCGGACUGUGUGUUAUCGGUUUUAUAUUAGUGGAUGCCGUAAUGGAAACCGAUUGUAAUAAUCGUUCCAUGGCCAGAACGCCUCCCACGGAGAAUAAUUUUUCCCAACCAGUUUUUCCGUUUCGCAGCGAUACGCUAACGUUGGAAGAAUGUAUGGCGUACUAUACAUCACCCGAUAGUUACGAGUGUAACCCACGGGGUCUGCCAUACUGCAAUAAAACAGUCGCGUAUCCCAUGUCACGCACCUUCUUGGAAGUAAACUGCCCACGGAAUAUGCGGGCGUCCCUGGCGGGUAUCAUGAAGCUAGCCAGCAUGGUUAUCCCUAACCGGGCCAUAACAGCGCGAUUAAACGAACGCCCCGAUUUAACGGAUCCCCUUCAUCCUGACGUCCUCAACCCGGUUCGCAAUCAGCUUAUCGAAUUAACCAUCGACAGAUGUGCCACCCCUAGUGUAACGUUUAAAUUUCCGCCGCUGGGACGUCUGCCGUACGUUGUCCGCCUGAGUGUCGGUCACUGCAAGGGAAUGAUCAUCGGACGCAACGAUUUCCGGAAUGUGACGCAGCUCCGCGUGUUCCACCUGUACGAAUCCACCAUCGAUGUCAUAGAACCGUACACUUUCACUGAUCUGGUGCAACUGCAAAACCUGGCGUUGGAAGCCGGUCUGUACUCCAUGAUGCAGUUCCGAGAAAAAUCUCUGGGUCCUCCUGAGUUUCAGCUCUCCGAUGAAGAUAUCCAGAGAGUCCAACGACUUCACUGCGAUUGUGCAUUCGCCUGGUUCCGCAAUUUUCUCCAAGAGAAACCGUAUCUGAUUGCCGACAGGGACCGCGGUGAGAUGUUUGCCAUUGGGAGUUACCUGUCGGACCACAUUACUGUGCAUGGUAAUGAAAUCAAUUCUAUGUUUCGCGUUGAUUGUGCGCGGAAUCUGUCUACGAAUAAUGUCAAUGCCAGUGAGUUGUUCUCGUACAAUACACACUGCUUCGGGACAAAUUGUUAGCUUGUCAUGUGCAUUCGUGGAUAUGCGGCACGCGGCUUUUUCGCUUUGGUUAGGAGUUUAAGAUUGACGAAUACCGGUUUACAGUCAGCGAUGCAGUGCACUCUGUUAGGCAAUUAAUAUGAAGGAAUGUUCUUGUCGAUCAUUACAAACAGCAAUGUUCUGUGAGUUCGAAUUUCUUUAUUCAUUUGAAGAAGAUGUA